CACAGGAGGAGAGUUAAUAAAUGUAUGUGGGCGGGGGUCAGAGGGAGUAACUCUAGAUCCCCAUCAGGUCUUGUGUGACUCUGGGGGAAGGGGAUUCUGGGAUUGCAGGGUAAGGAAAACCUUCAAGUAAUUUGAACACGCUCCCAGAGACUUAGACCUGGACGAGCGUCAGUCUCUCCCAAAAAAGGGGAUGAAAGCAUGACAAUGAAGGAGGUGGAGUCACUAAACAGCACAUCGGGAGUCCAGCUAGUUAACAAGUUCACAAGUUCUGCUGCUUCUUUGUGACUUACAUUACAACUCUUUGGAUUUUUAUUGUUAUUUCAGAGUCCUGUUACUAUUUGAAUACAUCAUUUAGAAUGGCCGGUCCAGUUCCAGCUCUACCAGGCUCUUUUAAUCCCAGUGCGGACAGCGUUUACUCAGAUCAGUUCGGUUUUUAUACUAUGGACUAUAAAGUUCCUGGCCUUUCCAAAGUCAUCUUAGACAAACUGAACAUGAAGGACUACAAAGAAUACAGGGAAGCGCUGGAAGGCAAAGGCAAGGUGGGAUUUCGCUCUCACAAAGAAAUGUUUCAAAAACUAGAAGAAACCUUUAAAUUCUGUGCCAGAUGCUCCAAACUACCAUCUGACUUUGCAGAUCCUAAAGCACUUAAACGCUGCAUCAAGUGUCUGAAUGUGUAUUACUGCAGUAAAGAGUGUCAAAAGACGGACUGGUCUUUGCAUAAGAAGUUCUGCAAGAUGCUCCAUAAGGUCUCCAUUGACAGGCUGGUGGAGUGGCUCAUUCAUACAGGAGAUCUUCCUUUCCCUACGGAGGCGUGGUCUCGUCCUGCUAAAGAUGUCAGGUGUUGGAAUGAUUGGUUGUCGAUGCAGGGAGAUCUGAUGGGCCGUCUGGAGCCCAUCCUAUCAGGACAGAACAUGACAGACCUCUGGACCAAUAGCUGCAGGCCACGGCCAGAUGAGGCGGAGCUUCAAAAGUCUGUAUGGCGGGUUUGCAGUGAGUUCUUCUCCAGGUCUCUUACUAUAGGCCUGGGGAUCCAAAUGUCCCGUCUGGACCCAUAUUCACGGCCUCUGACUGUACAUUUAGUGGGUGCCGGCCACAACGAGACCCUGGGAGCCCGAACCACUGAUCUGGACGAGCUCAGCCACAUGUUCCCGGGGCACCAGGGGCUGGAGGUGGUGAUGGUGGGGCCUGAGGUGGUCCAGGGGCCCAUCAUGAGGCCUCCUCUGAGGGCGUUCGGGCCCCGGGGGCGAGUGUACAUCAGCGCCUACAAGGGCCUCUACCAUGAGUUCUGGGAGGAGAAAGUGGAGAAAGGAGAAGCUGCUAAACCUGAUCUGGUGGUGGGAUUUCACCCAGGGUUUCAUGCGUCUCAGGGUUUGGGUGAAGGCUGGCUGCCCACCUUACUGCUGCUCAGAGACUUCAACAUCCCAGCGCUCUUCACCGUCUUCAAUGAUGAGGAGCUGCAGUAUUCUCUUCAGAUCCUCCUGGAGCUGGAGAUGGACAUUAAAGACUCCGGGCCAAAUCCGUUCAGCUCCCAGAAGCCGGAGCAGGUCCAGUCCAGCCCCAACCACAGCCCCAGCCACUGCAGCGCCUUCUACAUCUACUUCCAGGGGCUCCAGGAGACUCAGACGGAGCAAGAGGAGACGAACACACACUCAUGAUUUCACCAUGAACUCACCACAUCUAUUUAAAACAUUCAUACAAUUUCCUUUAGCUUAUUUAUCAGAGGUCGCCACAGCGGAAUGAACCACCAACUAUUCCAGCAUAUGUUUUAGACAGCGGAUGACCUUCCAGUUGCAACCCAGUACUGGGAAAUCCUAAUAUUGCCCACAUGCUGUAAAAUCAAGUAUUUUUUUAUGAAAUAUAGCAGCAUAGUGGCUCAGUGGUUAGCACUGCCAUCUUACAGCAAGAAUGAAUGAGUGUAUAUGGGUGUUUCUCUGUACUGGGUUGCAGCU